AUGUAUCCAGGCCUGGAAGGUUCAGAGAUCAAUCACAAGAGGUCAUACUGCUCGGAUGGCGUCAAGCAGAGGCCCUCGAAGAUCCAGCUGAUGGCUGUGGGGGGCCAGAUCCAAACUAUUGAAGAAGACUUACCGAGCUGGCCCCAACCAUUGGGUAUCUUCACGGGCGGCACCACCUUCAAUCCGGACAUCUUCCUGGAGACACUCCGGAAGAUGUAUGACGAACUCGUGCUCAAGCGUGAGUCAGGUGGGGCACUUUCAAUGGAAUAUGCCGCCUUCGCGACGCUGCUCAAGAAGCGCUUGAAGAUCUUCGAUGAAAAGGAUGGCCCUGCUGCUCUGUUCGAGCUCUACAGGGCCUUAGUGCUGAAGCCGAAUCGCAAGGAGCUGGUGGUCGAACGGGACAGCAUCAGGUACCUGCGUGUUGAUUGCCUCAGAGAGGGCUCACUGAGCGGCAGUGGUGGUGGUGGCGACGGUGGCGGUGACAGCAGUGGCAGCGGUGGCAGCAACAGUGGCAGCAGUGAUAGUGGCGGCGGCGGCAGCAGCAGCAGCAGUGACCCGAGCGACCACGACAGUGAGCUGCAUGCUAUCUGA